AUGCAAGACUCUUCUCUCCCAGCCACAGUUAUCGAGAAACCCUCUUCGACCAAAGCUUCCGACGCCGGUGGAGGUGCUUAUCGCCGGCGUCGGGAUCUGACUCCUCCGAUCAACAUGUUCUGGUUUCUACUUACCUCGUCAAUCAUUUUAGUCCUUUUUGUAUCUUUGCAAGCUUUGCUUCAACCCUCGCCAAUCCUCUCUCCCCCACUGCUCUUUAACGACAACCAAGAAACCAACGACAGAGGUCGAAGUUGGGGUUCGGCGUUUGCCCUCCCAGUUUACCUUUUGCUCGUUCAACCUUCCACUCCCAGGUCCAGAACUAAUCCAAUUACCCUAGAAGAAAUCUCACACCGGACUUCGUUGAUGGCAGGAGGUAUAUCUCUUGGACCGUCAGAUGUGCCAUGUCCGGUGGAGACGUCGACGGCGCACGGCGAGUUUUUCUUAUGGGCGACUCUUUCCAAUUUUAGAAAGAUUUCUCAC